UUAUUAUUCAAUAUGGCGGAUGGAAUAGUGAUGUUUUGAACGAGAUUCUUCAAAGAUCUUACGUAAGUUUUGCACGUGACGAUCACAUCUUGAGACACGAUUAUGGACUCCAAAGCUCCACAAGGAAGUACACCGGGUUAUGCAAAAAGCAUUUCUUUGCCUGAGGUGUUUCGAAACUUGAAAAAUGCUAAGGUAUUCGCUGUCGAUAUUGGUGGAUCUUUGGCUAAGGUGGCGUACAUGUCUGAAGUGAGAAACAUUAGAAAGCGGCAUUACAGCUCUUCUUCGAGCAAGAGUGAUGAUGAAGAUCAUGAGAAAGUGCCUGGUCAUAUCUAUGAGAUCAAGGAAGAUCAAGAACCCAGUAUAAGAUUGCACUUCAUCAAGUUUGAAACAAAGUACAUUGAAAUGUGCGUCAAUUUCAUCCAAGAAAACAUCUUAUCGGCGACAUACAAAGACAGAGCACUCAAAGCCACAGGUGGUGGAGCACACAAAUACAUGGAUUUACUUACAAGUAAACUUGGUGUCAGGGUCGACAAAGAAGAUGAAAUUGAAUGCAUCAUCAGAGGUGGAAACUUUCUGUUGAAACACAUUUCUAAUGAAGUGUUUGCAUUUCAUAAAGAGCAAAGUCCUCCAUACGUCUUCCAAGAUCUUAAUCAUUCAGAAAUAUUUCCCUACCUCAUAGUAAAUAUUGGCUCUGGAGUCAGUAUGAUCAAGGUGGAAUCCGAGAACAAGUUUGAACGAGUUGGUGGCACGAGCAUGGGUGGAGGAACAUUCUGGGGCCUGGGUUCCCUCCUCACAAGUGCUAAGGGUUUCGACGAGUUGCUUGAGCUUGCAACGAAAGGUCACCACCAAAGUGUAGAUAUGCUGGUAAAAGACAUCUACGGCGGCGCGUACGAUGCUUUGAAGCUUCCAGGAGACUUGACAGCCAGCAGCUUCGGAAAGACUGUGAGAUCACCCAGGGACGACCAACAUACUGCUGCUCAGUUCGCAGAAGCUGAUAUAGCAAAAAGUCUUCUUCAUAUGAUCUGUAACGACAUUGGGCAGAUUGCCUCUCUUUAUGCAAGACUAAACGGACUGAAGAAAAUCUAUUUCAGCGGGUAUUUCAUCAGAGGAAACCCUGUCACAAUGCGGGCUAUUUCUUUUGGUAUAAACUACUGGUCGAAGGGAAGCCAGCAGGCACUGUUUCUUAGACAUGAAGGGUACCUGGGGGCCAUAGGAGCAUUUUUGAAAGGAGUCGAGGAAGAUGUGGACUUCAGAUUAGGGAAUCUCGACGUUUUAACAUGGCGGGAGAACUACGCUGGCAGUUCAGGCCUGUCAUCUGCAAAACGCUCCUCUGAUUUGAUCAAUACUCGGAUACCUGACGGAGCUUUGUAUGAUGUGUUGGAGAUGGACCAAUUCACUCACACUCUGGUACCAUUUCCUCUCCUCGCCUCUCACAGUGACUAUUUCCCUGAUACACAAGACCUUACUGUGGACACGGAGGCUAGAGAUUACUGGCUCAAAUGCUUUGAGGACGCAUUAGACAAAGUGGUUGAGCGUGCAAUUGCCAGCCAACCAGACGCCCCGGAUGCCAAAGAAAGAGCAGAAAAGUUUAGCAACAAAUUUCGACUUCGCCUCAGUGUUCUCAAGCAACAGCCGGCGGCCUAUGGAACUCUGAAUGUGCGGAGUUUGUUAGACGUUAGAGAGCAGUAUCUUAACGAGUUCAGUUUUCCUGACCCGUACGCUGAAGUGAAGCAAGAGGAAAACGAGGCUGCGCUUCUUCUGCUGUCCAAGCGACUCGAAGAACUGGACGCGUUGCCAUGGAAACGACGGCAGCACGCUCUCAUUGAAGGAAUAAUAGCGGGGAAUGUUUUUGAUUGGGGUGCAAAGGAGGUUGCAAAGCUCAUGGAAGGAGGUCAACUUGACUUCGAAUCAGCCAUGAACAAAUUACAAGCUCGCCCUUGGUUAAGAGAUGACCUUGAUACCUGGAUUGAAAGGUCAAAGGGUCCGCCUCAUAAACUGGCUGUCAUAUUCGUGGAUAACAGUGGUGUGGAUAUUAUUUUAGGAAUGUUUCCAUUUGUCAGAGAACUUCUUUCUCGUGGGACCAAGGUUGUUAUGGCCGCUAACUCGUAUCCAGCCCUGAAUGACGUCAUGUACAGUGAACUUGUUAUCUUGACUGAGAAAGUAGCGGAUUUAUGUCCAGAAAUAAGGUGAGGGAGUCGUGGCUGAUCAUAUACCGUCUUGUUGCUCAGUGAACUUUUAAAACAUUUGUGCGGAAAUUUAUCUUUGGUCAUAAUUUAUCCCUUAAAUAUGUUGCGUUUUUUGUGCCACUGUCCUACAUAACAAUCGCCGUUGUUCUGCCCACUUCUCCCACAUUCCUUUAUUUUCGUCCCACCUU